GUAUUCCCAGUCUCACUCACUGGUCGUUGCGAAGUAAUUAGUUGAGCUGAGCGAAUACAAUGUAUUACAAUUUGUAGGAAAUCAACAAAUCAACACUCUUACCAUCGAUUCAAUUUUCCAUUGGGAAGCAGUUGCUCGCUCUUUUUCUUUGUAACCGUCUCGUUGCCACGCAAAAGUACACACUGCGAGUGUAAGCCACACCUAGCGGUAGUGCUAUCAGAGCUGUAGUAAUCACGUCACCACCAAUACUGGCACUAGUCUAGUAUGGCGGACAGUAUCCAGUGGUGGGGAUUUAGUCCCGGAAGAAGUCUGCUGGCUGAAGGGUCUGUUGCCGAUAGCAAUGUUCUGCUAGCAGGUAGUGUGGAUAUGCGGAUGGUACUCAUGACGCUAGCUGACCUGAAGUCAAGGUGGGCAGCAGGGGAAUCACCAGAUGCCAAAUCGGCCAAAAUUCAAUUCUUCAUUGCGGAGAAUAGCCUAGAUACGGUUGCUAAGCAACUGCUACUACUCAGGUUGGUCAUGGAUGACACAGAGGACAUCAGUAUACAAGAAAGAACCAGCCUGUUCCUGGAGCUAUUUGGCAACUCACUUGUCCGUCCACAAACUGCAGUCUAUCUGAGUGAGACGAGUAAACGCCUUGUCCGGAUGGUGACAGAUGACGACUACAUGAAAGUUUGCUUGCCAAUGGUGGAUCUGUCGUCUCUGCGUUUCAAGGAACGAGACGCGCUCGAGGACAUCUUCAAGUCCUGGAGGUCAACUGUAGCGUUUGAUGUGCAGACACAUUGGGAUGGUCGUGUUCGGCACAACCUUGCCGCUCGCUAUGAUGCCCGCUAUGGUGUAUUCGACUGGGACUACAACAUGAAACUGAUGGAUAUGCCGCUUGAUAUCAGCUGGCCUGAAUACAAAGAAUGGAGAGAUACCGGUGUUGGCUUUCAGUUACGCGACUCAGCUUCAUACAGUGAACCGAACCGAUCCAUCUCCACCUGUGUACAUGAAAGAAGAACUGGUGAACGGAGACCAGUAUCUGGUUACUAUGGUGAUAUCACCACUGGUCCUUUUGUGGCAUUCACCAAGCACCAGCCGGUGAGCGAGAAGAAGAGAGACACUACAGGUGCGCAACAUCCACAGAAAGCUGGAGUUGAAACAAGACAGACUGUGUCUGACAUCAUCGAAUCAUUAAGAGGGCCGGCUAGUUCUGGAGAUGCUGCCAAGUCUUCAGCGUCCCUAGCUACACUUCAGGAAGAAGAUGAAACAGAGGAGUCAUCGCCAACUACUCAAGCAUCUGCGGCAUCACCUUUGAAAGAGCUGCAGCGGAACGUGUCAAUCCACUUCUUGCGACUAGACGCUGUCGCAACGCUCGGUCAGCAAAGCAAGUACACAAACUUCUUCCACUGUGCUUUCUUCUCAAACAGGAUGGUGCACCACCUGAAGGCCAACAUAUCUGAAAUCUUCACGGACAAUGCCCGGCUCUUCACAGAAACGGUCCUGUUUGUCCUAGAUCUCAGCAAAGAAAAGAAGGACGAGCACACUAAACGGGUGACAGCACUGGCAAAAGCACUCAAUUUCCAGCUGCAGGCUUCUUCAGAUCAAGCAGAGGAGAUGGCAAUAAUGACUAGCGUUCUGUCAUACAGGCGCAAUCCAGAGCUCAGCAGUAGCGCCAGUGGCAGCGAUUGAUACACCCACCCCGCCCACACACAGAGAUAGCAGCCACACGCAUUGAUGAUGGCUGACAUGCAGCUGUGUCGGCAGUGGCAAUGGAAGCCCAGGUGACAUACUGGUGAUGAAUGCAAGACAAUUUCCACCACACUGACUAUGACUUGAUAUGCCCGUAACAGCAACAUUGCAGUACUUGCAUGGCUUGGGGCAUAUAGAUGUUCAACAUGUUCAUCAGUGUAUUGUCGUUCCUAUCGCCAGAGAAUAGCCAAUGCCAUACAGACGCAGCAGAGAGCUACAUACUGGCUCAGUCGUUCACCUGCACGUUGAAAAGAGUAGAAGCAGAAUAUGUAGAAGUGCUUUGCUUGGGAUAAGCACAGGGGUGUAUAAACAGUGCACAACAUCAUUGACUCGUUGUACAUCAGUAUAAUAAUACAUCAUGACUUGAAGCGUUUAGGAUUUUGAA